GCCAUUUGCCUUUUUGUUUGUUUUUAAUUUGGUUUGUUAUGCUGUUUUCCAGGUUCACCCAUGUUGCAGCAGGUCUCUGCUCUCUGACUGAGUGGUGCUAUAUUAUAUGGAUAUAUCAUUUCUACCCACUCAUCAGUUGGUGGGGAUCUUAAUCUACUUUUCAACUGCUAUGAAUGAUUCUGCUCCUAAUGUACAAGCUUUUGUGUGAAUGGUGUAUCUUUAGUCUUCUUGGGUAUAUAUGUAGUAGUGGGUUUGCUGGGUAAUAUAGUAACAUAUGUUUAGCUUUUUUAGAAGCUGUCAGGCUACUUUCUAAAGGCAGUAAAUUUUGCUAUAUUGAAUUUUAAAUGAUCAAAUGCUGGUAAAUUAUGGUUUCACUCAUGGUGGAUUUGCUAGUAUAGUGAUUAAAUUUCACUACAACUUUUGAUUUUAUUAUUUUAUUAUCACCUUUUGAUUUUGAUUUGAUUAAGAAACGCCUGGUACAUUAGUGAAGCACCCCAUUGGCUGUGUCUGAGGGUAUUUUGAAGGGGUUAGCCAUGGCACUGAAUAAAAAGGAGGAAAGCAGAAACCAUGUUGACCACUGGCAUUCCUCUUUCUCUGUUUCCUAUUUGUUGCUAGAGGACCAAGUCUUUUAUGCUUCCAUAACUUCUUGCCAUUAUUUCUGAUUUCCUUUGAACCGUGAGCCAAAGCCAACCCUUCUUAUUGUCAACUUCCUGAUUUGUUGAGUAUUUGGUGGCAGUGAUAGUAUUUUAGAGAGAGAGUUUAUGCAAUAUUUUUGUAGCUAUGCUUUCAAUCAUUAUGUUUUAACAGAACUUUUAGUGAUGAGAAGAGUAACCAAUGCAGUGAUAUAAUAAAGUAGUAUAUGCAUUGAAGCUAGAGACAAGAUAUUUGUGUAAUUUCUGGCAUUGAAGUUAGAACAUAUGGCAGUGAAGAAAGAGACAGGACUUGGGAUUUUCAUCUAAAGAAAAUGAUAGAAAACAACCAAACCUGUGCUGCAGGACAGGACUCCAUACCCUACGUGACCUGUAUGAUUCAUGUGCUUGAAGAGUGGUUGGGUGUGGAGCAAUUGGAAGACUAUCUGAAUUUUGCAAACCAUCUCUUGUGGGUUUUUACCCCACUGAUACUUUUAAUACUUCCUUACUUUACCAUCUUUCUUCUUUACCUUACUAUUAUUUUCCUUCAUAUCUAUAAGAGGAAGAAUGUAUUAAAAGAAGCCUACUCUCAUAACUUGUGGGAUGGUGCAAGGAAAACAGUGGCAACUCUAUGGGACGGACACGCGGCCGUUUGGCACGGUUAUGAAGUUCAUGGGAUGGAAAAGAUACCAGAAGGACCAGCACUUAUAAUUUUUUAUCAUGGAGCUAUUCCCAUAGACUUUUACUACUUCAUGGCUAAAAUUUUCAUCCACAAAGGCAGAACUUGCCGAGUCGUAGCUGACCACUUUGUCUUUAAAAUACCAGGGUUCAGUUUAUUACUUGAUGUAUUUUGUGCUCUUCAUGGACCACGAGAAAAAUGUGUUGAAAUCUUGAGGAGUGGUCACUUGUUAGCUAUUUCACCGGGCGGAGUUCGAGAAGCCUUACUUAGCGAUGAAACCUACAACAUCGUAUGGGGUAAUCGUAAAGGCUUUGCUCAGGUUGCAAUUGAUGCAAAAGUGCCCAUUAUUCCUAUGUUUACACAAAAUAUUCGAGAAGGAUUCAGAUCACUUGGAGGAACAAGAUUAUUUAAGUGGCUUUAUGAAAAAUUCCGCUAUCCAUUUGCUCCAAUGUAUGGAGGUUUUCCUGUAAAGUUGCGGACCUUCUUAGGUGAUCCCAUUCCAUAUGACCCAAAGGUAACAGCAGAAGAAUUAGCUGAAAAGACCAAGAAUGCUGUUCAAGCUUUGAUUGACAAGCACCAAAGGAUACCGGGGAACAUUAGGAGGGCUCUGCUGGACCGCUUUCAUAAAGAGCAGAAGGCUAAUUAGCAGAUAAUUUAAUGUGUCUGCAGCGACAAGUUUGCAUCUGUGGAACUGUCUUAAAUUUUUGUAAGUUGUAUAAUAGUGUUUUUAAAACAUCGUGCUAAUGAACAUCUUUCUUUAGAACUUAAACUUUAUAUGGUUAAUCUUUUCAAUCAGUUGUGUCAAAUUUAAUAAGUAACUGUUCACUUGCUUGACUCAGAAAAUGAUCAUGUUGCAUUUGUAAUCUUUAGUAGUAUAUGCUAAGUACAGAAUCUUAGAGUUAAGUCUUUCUCAAUAUUAGCACUUUAGGUUAGCAAACGUUACUAAAUUACGCUUCUUAGGUUUGUGUCUGUUUUGCCAAUAUGAAACUAGGGAGUAGCACUUGCUUAAUUUAGAUGAGCGGUACCUUUAUAUGUCUGUCCUUCAUUCCACUCACAACUGCUGGUAAGUUGUGGAACGCUUUGCACCUCAAUGAUUUAUGUUAAGCAUGAUAAUACUGUGGUGAUGAACAUUAUUUUAAAUUGCUUAUAUCUACUAUGAUAUAUCUAUAUCUGAUAUAUCUGAUAGAUGAUAUUUCUGUAGUGAGAAAUCUAUAAAUUGAAUUGAUUCCUGAAUCCUUUAGGAGUUAUGUAUAUUUUUUGUCUAUUGGAUGUUGAAACUACUCCUUCAGGUAUGAUGUCCAGUUGCCAAGCACAUUGAAAGAGAUGUACUAUUUUAUAAGUCAAGUCAUUGUUAUUUGUAGUAUUUAUUAACUGAAUUGUUUAGUAUUUAUUUUAAACAAGUAUCUAAGUAAAUAUAUAGGAUGAGUUGUCAACGCAGUGUUUUAUGGCGUAAAGACAAAAUCAUUGGCAUGCUCUGCAGUUCAUGUUAGAAGUGGAUUCUAGGCUGAGGAAUAGCAGGCUAAGGAAGCUCUGGUCUCACUCAGUAUCGUGGCGCUCUUCCUGCGCUUUGCAGCCAGUCUUGUGGUUAUUAUUUCAAUAAAAUGUACUUGAAUGAUAAAUUUCUGUAAACAUGGAGCCCUCUGAAAAUGUAAUUGCUUUUGAUUUGUUGUCUUCUUGAAAACUUAUUUUAAAAGUAUUUAAACAACAGUAUGUCUUCUUCCACCUUUGUAGUACUUGGGUUUUAUAUGGACUUUUAAACUACAAGUGUAUAUUUAUGAUAUGUAUAAUGUAUAUAAAGAUGAUGUGAAAAUAAAGCUGAAUUGCAACUCCUUCUCUAGUAAAA